AUGCGACUGGUUUUCUCGAAUAAGGCAGGAAAGGCGAAGGUACAAUUGGUUGAUACGCCAAACGCUGAAUCUGAAUCUGCUCCCACGGAAAAAGAGGAGGUGCCCCCGUCGAAGAGUCCGGAUCCACCUGAAACACAAAACACAUCUCGACCACAACGUCGUCGUCGACCUCGUGUCAUUUCAUUGUCUGAGGCUCCCACUACGGGUGCAAGUACAGCCACAAGCAGUGAAGUUGCCAGUAAGGCUCCUACGGCACGUGGUCGCGCGGCUGCAGCAAAUUCCAAAAAUGCAGCAGCGGCCAAGGCUGCUGCAAACACUGAGGCGCCACCUUCUGCGGUAGCGCUAGAAAAUGGCAUCAUCCCAUCAGUCGAGCCUGCUGUUACUGAAGUCCCUCUGGCUGUGUUGGUUCCUCGAGCAGCGUUUGCAGGCAACUCAUUGAGUUCAGCUUGUUCAUCCUCCAUUCCCUCUCAUGUUGGUCAGGCCGAGAAAUCACAGUCAACUUCGCCCAGCGUUGCCAUUGCAACUGUUCGGCCAGUAGAGACGCGUACUGGUUUACGUAGUCAAACUACUCCCUUAUCCCCAACAGUUAGCCGUCAGAAACCUCUUGCGGAUCAGAGUAGCUCGCCAAAGAAUGCAGAUCCUGAAAAGGAAAGGAUCAAGAACGCCAAGGAAAUGAAGCCUCCUGUGAAACUUGGGCAAACUGUUGAUGAGGAACCCAUCGAUCAGCGUAAAGAGGAACCAGAGGUAACAACUUCGUCUAAAAGGAUGGUAACGAGAGGACCGAAGCGUACAUUGCGAAGUGCUCCUGCAAAAAAGGAAAUAGCUGAGAAUAUUACGUCGGCAUCAACCAAGGCUCCCACUGCUGCAGCACCAGGUUUACCCGGUGCUACUAUUCUCGAUCAACUCCUUCCUGCAAAUGAGGAAAGAUCGAGAACGCCGGUCACUGCAACAGGUGUUUCGAUACUAGACCAGUUACUUCCUGCUGAUCCGAGGCCUGAAACUCCUUUGUCAGCAGGUGUCUCUGUCCUGGACAAGCUUCUUCCGAGUGAAAACUAUGCACAAGCUACCCCUCCCGGUUCUGCAGGUCUUCCAAGUGUUGAUCAGCGAUCACAGAUUAAACCAACCAAAUCUAAGCAAAAUUUGCCUGCUCUUGACGCGCUCCAGUCCAACACACAGCUUCUUCUAUGUCUAUCAAAGCCGCUGAGCAAUUGGAGCAGUUCAAAAUCCAAGCGAAAGAUGAAGAGGUAA